AUGUUCCUUCAUGCCGGCGCGAGCCUGCAUGGCCAUGAAUACUCCCAGCGCGCUUCCUCAGCGGCUGCUUCUGCCGCGCCCAACCUUCGACCGCCGCCGCUGCUGCGAUCGGCCUUUGCUCCUCCCAAGCAGCGCAAUCUGACAGCCGACGAUGCCGCUGUGACGCCUGUUCGCCAGCGCCCUGCCUCUGACUGCAUUCCGCGUGACUCUUCGCCCAUGGUCCGGUUCCGCGAUCCUCACGACGAGACUCAGUCCGCGCUGGCAACCCACGACGAGUCAGUCUCCGAGUCCGAACUCAGCGAGGCCACCUUCUCGAUUGAUGGCAGCACCGUAGUCUCGAAGACCCGUCGUCACCGGAAUCGCCGGGUGCUUCAUAAGAGCACCACCUACGGCCUGGGUUACCCUACCCCGAGGAUAUUGGGGAAGACGAAAGUGGUUCAGAAAGUGUUUCUGCCACGCCUGCUUCUUCAGCUCCAGAAGGUCGGCAGCGACGGCCGGACGGUUCCUGUCCUCGAAGUCUUUCCAGCCUCCAGGAUAGCGGGACCGGUUGUCUCGCCACGUCUGGUUAAGAAGUGUCCGAAUAUCUUCCGGGUCAAGCGUCAUCUGGGGUACGACGAUAUUGUGCUCGUCCGCCGAGACGACGAUGACCAUGCCUCUUCGGAUGCUGCCGAAAACGAGAGCGACGAGAACUUGGAGGGGAAGAACCUCCUGGCCGUGUACAGCCCCUUGAAGCACUCGGAUGAGGCCGAGAUCGUGCUACAUGAUGGGUCUGUCUGGCUGGCCAAGCCGUUACCGAACGGCUGUUAUGACUUUAUGCAUACCGAUGCUGAGGGGAAGACUACCACGGCGCGGUGGGCACGUAGGCAUAACCUGUCUUCCACGCCGACCUCGGGCGACUCUUUGGGCCAAGCCGGGGCCCCCCAGGUCCGCUACACCUUCAGCGUCCUCAACCCGAACACUCGGCGUCACCCGGUCAUGGCCACUUUGACGCCAUUCAGCCUGGAGGUGCAGGAUACCUACACUUCUGUCUCGCCAUCGCACUACCGGACCCCUCCCAUCACCCGGACCGGACGGUCGGCCUCUGUGACGUCGGUCCCUCCUCCGACUUCUCCCAGUACCGACCUCUCGGUGUCCCCUUCACCGAGUUCUCCCGACCAGCGCAUCAUUUAUGCCGUCGACAAUGCAACCAAGUUUCUGAUCGCUGCGACGGCCCUCUGGGUUGCCCUUAGCGAGAACUGGUCCCAGAACUACGGCAACUCACCCGCCAUUGUGCCUGGUCUCGGGCAAGGUUCGUCGCUGACCUCGUCCAGUGCAGCAGCCCUUCCCUUGGUCAACGGCUCAGCCAGCAGCACGACCCGCAGCCGCCGAAACACGUGGACCCGCGGUUCGACAUUGGAUUCUGUCCGCCAGAGCGACCCGGGUACCACAGAUCCACCGUCAGCAUCGUCAUCCGUGAAAUUCGGCAGUCUUAAACGCUUCUCUCUGCCGGCAUACCAGCCUGCUGCGAGGUGCAACAGCCUUAGGGCAUGUAUCUCACAACCAUCGACGCCUCUUGGAUCGCGAACCUCAACUCCUGUGCCAGGAGCCAGCCCCUCUGUAGCCGCAAAUGAAGGAACGCCCAUAGUCACGCCGACGAUUCGUGCCGUCCCGCCGUUGUAUGCUCCGAAACGAGCAACGAUUACCGGGGCGACGUUCACGCCGCUGCGUGAGCCUAGUGCCAGCGACGCUGCUGGUGGUGUCGUGGACGACAACAGUGACGAUUCUGGCAUCGGAAUUGCAGCAAUUGCACCAGGUACCACGACGAGCAUGGUGGCCGAUUCAGCUCCGCGAUCUGAACCCGCGCCCCCACCCGCACUAGCACCUUCUGCCACGCCAACCCAAAUCACAUCCACGCAGAAACAGCAACAGCAACAGCAACAGCAACCACUGCAGCUUGAAGGCCAACAACAAGGCAAGACCCGCCGGAAACGCUUCUCCUUUCCUCUCUCGCUCACUCUGCAUCGCGCCUCUGGAUCUAGAUCGGCUUCAGCGGCGGCGACCCCGACGACACCGUCAUCCCCCGCCGUUGUCAUAGUGCCGGGGAAGAAGAGCGUAGAGCUCAACACUGCCGCCAUGGCCUUUGAUGUCCCCAGUCCUAUGGGGAUGCCGAACGGUCUGAAUGGCAGCGGCCUAGCGAAGAAGCCUAGCAUGAGAGCUAGGAUCAGUCGCUGGUUCCAAAAGUUGGGCCCCGGGAGCAGCUCAAAUGCACACACGCAGUAG